GCACUUGUAAAAGCUCGUGUGCUUUUGGUGGCAAGUCCCCUUCUUCCCCUCUACCGGUUUUUACUUGACCUCGACACAAGGCCUGUAUUCUGCUGCUGCUGCCGCUCCUGGUUGGUGUUUGAAGUAGAAGCCAAGAUAAAGCCCGGGAAGGCGGGAACCAUGUCUACUUCAACACCCUUUGCAUUGGGUUCCCAUCAGUGAUCUCGGCCUCACCUAGUCACCUGCACUGGCAGCAUCCUCACUCAUGGUCAUGGAGGCAACCGCCCGGAGCCGCGCCGAGGUCGACACCUCCCGGCCGUUCCGGUCGGUCCGGCAAGCCGUCGAGGUCUUCGGCGAGCGGUACGCCGGUGGUGGCAACGGCAGCGGCAGCUCCAACGCGAGCAGCGAGUCCAGCGUCAAGCUCAGUGCGCCUCCGGCAGCCUCGUCGUCCAUGGUCCUGGAGCUGGACUGCCUGAAGAAGCUGGAGGAAGACCUGGCGGAGGCCAAGGGCGAGCUGGUGGAGCUGAGGCAGAGGCAGGCCCAGAUGGAGGUGGCCGUGUCCAGCCUGAGCGCGCAGUUCAGCAGGGGCCUGGCCGUCUUCUCCGGCCUCGGCAAGGGGAAGGAUUUGGCCGUCGUCGGCGCGCCGGCGGCGGCCAUCGGAGAAGACGAAUACAGCUGCCACGGCCGGGUCCGCAGCGACCGGUGGGACGAGAGCCGGGCCGAGGAGUGGAUGGCGAGCCUGGAGUACCUGCCGAGCCUGUCGGAGGCGCUGGCCAUCAAGAUGAUCGAGGACGACCUGGGGGGAGACGGGAAGGGGAGCAAGGUCAAGAACAGCAAGAACAAGGCCGCCAGGAAGAAGCACAAGAAGCAGAGGAGUGGGAUCUCGCUGGUCGGGGGCAUGUUCUGCUCCAAGAAAGCCAAGUCCAGAAUGUAGUCUGCCUCAUAAGCUGCAUUGCGCAGCAGUUGCUGGUCUGGAACAUGGGAAUUUCGCAAGGAUUUUAUGGGAACAAUGCUGCAUGGAGCGAUUUGUUUGGCUCCUGUAGAAUGAAAUCCUGCGAAAUUCACGGUUGUUCUUGAUGGGGAGCUGGUCUAAGAGGGUUUGGAAGUUGAUGCUGCCUUGUAAUACCAAGUUGAUCUUUGUGCUUGUAGUUGGUAGGAGAGGUAUGUUCUCCAGCCAUGAUGAAUUCCACGGGGUGCUAAAAUGGUCUUGUACUUGUUCCCGUUCGUAUUACCAAACUAAAUUCUCUAAUUUUGACCAAGUUUAAUAUCUAAAAUGAUAUAUUUGUUAGUAUUUUUUAUUAGAUGGGUCACGAAAUGUAACAAAUAAACCAAAUGGAGGUAACGGAGGAAAAAAAAAAUCAGGAGACGACAGACAUGCUUAACAAUCCGGGAAAAGGAAUCCAGAAGAGAACAGACAUGCUUCUAGGGCAGCAAUCUGCUACCAUGUCUACGUUGUUGGCUUGUUGCAUGUGGCUGAGCAAUAUACAGUCCAGCUAUUCGUCGGUCAUUUCAUAGCGAGCAUACAUAUACAUCAGGAGGGCAUGGCAACAAGAGCACAUGGAAAUUAAGAUAAAAAAAUAGCAAGAAAAAUGCCGUAUGCCGACAUGACACCAGACAUCAAAUAAGUCAUCUCACCAGCUAUUAGCACUUCCAAGAUCCAACACGAGGGAGGUGUCACCACCAUCAUAUAUCCCAGGUAACAACUAUCUGAGUUCUUUCGCAUAGCUGUUUAAAAUUCCAACACUACAACAUGAGAAAUUAGCAAAUUUUGGGCAGAUAUCACCACAAAACACCCAGAAAUCAUGCACCAGGAAUAUAUAACGCAACUGUGACUUUAACAAAUAUAUAUGUAUUUUUUAAGACUGACCAGAUUCAGAUUCAGGACUUCUUACCUGGCAUACCCCAAACAAUCUAUGCUAGUUCAUGUGUGUACUUGUACCACACAAUAGUGCGUGAUUUAGGGUCAGCUUCAGCUACAUCAGGAAAAAGCCAAAGUGCUGUAA